UGAAGUAGCAGAUUGUCUCUGUUAUUCUAUACACUUUGUUGCUCAUGGCUUUGGCAUCGACAUUAGCGCUAGUGUCCCACUCUCAUGGGCUUCAACAAAUGGAAUCAAGAGAGUUCAACAGGGUCUCCGAAUUGUUUAAACGUUUGCCUGUUGAGCGGAGGGGAGGGCGGCGGGGGCGUCUAGAAAUAAGGAAGAUAUUAUACAUGUGAAUUACUUUUCCCUACGCUUACCUCGACACAGUCUUCUGUAUAUAUCUACCGAUGCCCUUUGCGAUCAGAUUCUCAUUUGCGUUCGCCAUCGCCGGCUCGGUCUGCACCAUCUGCUCUUCAAUCGGUACCCCAUCCUCAUACCUUGCCUCUGGGUAUGGCUGACGUCGAAAGAAAGCCUCCCUGUCCUCCUUUCACACGCGAAACGGCGCUGGCCAAGGUGAAGGCCGCCGAAAACGCAUGGAACUCGCGCAACCCUGAGGUUGUGGCCCUGGCGUACACCAAAGACUCCGAGUGGCGCAAUCGCACGGAGUUUUUCAAGGGGCGAGAAGCCAUUAAAGAAUUCUUAACUCGCAAAUGGGCGCAGGAGCUGGACUACCGACUGAUGAAGGAGCUCUGGGCGUACACCGACAACCACAUUGCGGUGCGAUUUGAGUACGAGUGGCACAACGAGGCUGGAGAGUGGUUUCGGACGCAUGGUAAUGAAUUAUGGGAGUUCGAUGAAAACGGUCUCAUGCGUAGGCGCGAUAUGAGCGCUAAUGAUGUCCCAAUACAAGAAUCGGAGCGGCGCUAUCUUGCCGAUGCCUGAGAGCUGACAAACAAAAGUUUCUCAGAGAGGUUUCGGAUUUUCGAGCUUGUGUCACUUCAGUCAAGAGCUAUGCAGUUUAUAUACUUAACGUAAUCAGAUGAUGAACCUUGAAACGAUAGUAUCGCAUCAAUAAACAGUUUCUUAUUUUCUUGGCACAAAAUCAAGUGUGUUUGAAGUCGUCUACCUCCACAGGAACAUGGCAAAUUGACCUCGGUACUAAUUACACUCAUGAGACUAUUUACUGUUGUACACAGUAUAAUGUCGCCUAGCAUUGUUUCGUGGAGGUGUAGGAUAGUGAAAAGAGCCCAAGGGAUUUGAUUCCAAACAGGUGGAUACAACAUGUUUGAUCUGGUAAAAAACCCUCAACGUAACCCA